CACAGACAGUAAAAUGUAUCUAAACAGAAGAUGUAAACAUAAACAAGUACAAUAUCUAACGGUUUUGUAGGACAUGUAAAUUAUAAUGUCAAAAGUAAAUUGGACCUCGAUGGUUGUAGUUUUUAAGGACACAUAUUAUUUAAAUUGAACUUAGUAUUUAGAAUUAGCUUCCGCUAAAUAUAACCUUGGUGUAGCGCUCAUUGCAGAACUGACUCAUUUGUGCUAAUGGUGUAGUUAGAGGUGCUGAUGGAGAAGAUCCUUUCUCCAUUUAGGUUCUUAAUGUAUGAGGUUCAAGAAGAGUCAGUGAGUUUAUUUAAUCAAUUCAAUUUUUUAAGACUAAAAUGUGGUUCUGGUCCAUUGUCACGCUUUCCUUAUGUGACAACAGAGCAAAAUGGUCCCCAAUUCUUCUUGUUGGCUUCCAUCUAAGCUGGAGGGCAUUCCUAGUGUGUCAUUUCCUUUAACCUUAGCUUUGUAUCUAUGUGUGCAUGGGUACUACGUGUGUGUAUAUUUGAGCAUGCAAGCAGCUAAAAGAGAUAGAGGAAAACACAGAAUUAUUUACUCCCAACAGCGCCCGACACUGCCCCUGGCGUGACACUUAACCUCAAAUUGCCUACUGAUCUGGGUAUCAGUGAGUGGAUGUGUGCAUGUUGUGAAUGUGACUGGCUGCAGUGUAAAGCACAUUGAGUGGUCGGUAUAACUAGGAAAUUUAGACUAUUUGCUUAUUUUCCAAGUCAAAUAAACUUGUUUCAUUCUUUCUGUAGAAUUCCUUCUCCAGUGUAUUUCACAUGGAACAUGAGGAGCUGAGGGAAGUCCUAGAUACUCCCAAAAGAGACUGUGAUGUCAGUCAGAUAAACUACAUGUACGCUCAGUAUGUUAGAAACACCAUGCAACCUCUCAACAUCACCGACGUCACCAAGGACCUGCGCUUCCCUUGGACAUGUGAGAGCCCUGAUUGUCGGAUAAAAAGUUUGCUCUGCACUCCAAUCAGAAAUGGCAAGAAAGACAAAGUCAUAGGUGUGUGCCAGUUGGUGAACAAAACGGACGAAGCGUCAAGCACCGUCAAGACCUUCAACAGAAACGAUGAGCAGUUCUUGGAAGCGUUUGCCAUCUUCUGUGGCCUUGGCAUUCAGAACACACAGAUGUAUGAGACUGUGGAGAGAGCCAUGGCCAAACAGGAGGUCACUCUGGAGGUCAGCCCCGCUUACCUUGUUCAGAUCUGGAAGAACACAUUGGAUCCCGCCUAG